AUGGUUGAAAGGAGAGCAUUCAGCGCCCCAGGAAAGGCACUUUUAGUUGGUGGUUACCUAGUCUUGGAACCCGAGUAUAAGUCGUAUGUUGUGGCACUGUCAGCGCGCAUGCAUGCAGUUGUUUCCACUUCAGAGGCCAUCCAAAAAGGCAAUCCCUCUAUUCAAGUGAGAAGCUCCCAAUUCAACAAUGAUUGCUGGACCUAUCAACUGCAGCAAACCAAUGGCUACUCGCUGUCUGAAAGAGACAACAAAAAGAAUCCGUUUAUCGAGAAAGUACUUCUAAACGUUCUAAAUUAUUUUGAUCCAUGUAUCUCAAACUUGAAGGAUGUGAACAUUGAGAUUUUCUCUGACUCAGAAUAUCAUUCUCAAUCUGAAAGCUCACUCAAGAGAAACUCUCUCAAGAAAUUUGCGUUUCACACGAAAAGCAUCACAGAGGUUCCAAAAACUGGACUAGGAUCAUCUGCCGGUUUAGUGACAGUGCUUACAACAGCGUUGGCAUCAGUUCUGAGAAAAGAAUUGAAUCCUUAUUCGAAGGCUGACUUGGAAACUAUUCACAAGCUUGCACAGGUUGCCCAUUGUCAGGCGCAGGGGAAAGUCGGCAGCGGAUUUGAUGUAGCAUCCGCUACAUUCGGCUCCAUCAUUUAUCGAAGAUUUAUGCCGGAGUUAAUCUCUAAUUUGCCUGAUAUGUCUGUCUCCAAAAUACAAAUCUAUAAGGAGAAAUUGAAACAUCUCGUAGAUGAGACUGAUUGGAACUUUACCGCAGAUCGCAUUAGAUUGCCUGAUAAUUUGAGAUUGAUGAUGGGAGAUGUAAACAAUGGUUCCGAAACUACAAAGCUGGUGGGCAAAGUCAAGGCAUGGUAUAGAGAAGCUUAUCCGAGUAGCUCAGAGAUUUAUGAGAAUAUCAAUUCCAAGAAUUCAGCGUUCAUUGAUUGUCUGAAUGAGAUAAAUAACCUCAGCAAAAAUAAGCAAAUAUAUGAUGGAAUGUUGACUGCGAUCAACUCUGGAAAUGACGAGGCUAUCAACAGUUAUACUGCACUGAAGCAGAUUAGACAAUCUGUGAAUGGUAUUCGCGAAAAUUUCCGCCUGAUCACGAAAGAAUCUGGAGCAGAUGUCGAACCUUUAGUUCAAACAACUUUACUAGAUGCGUGCAUGAAGCUCAAUGGUGUUCUCACGGGCGUUAUUCCAGGGGCGGGUGGAUUUGAUGCGAUCGCACUACUGACUACUGAUACCACAGAUUUACGUUCUCAAACAGAUGGUAAACAUGACUUUAAAGAUGUCUCAUGGUUAGAUUUGCAACAGGCAGAUAUAGGUGUUCUAGAAGAAAUUCCAUCACACUAUGAUAACCUCCGUAGCGACUAG